AUGUUGUCUUCAACAAGCACUGAUAACUCAAGCUCUGGCUUUGGUCCAAGCUUUUCACAAAGUGUUGUCGAGGGUGUCGACGGUUUUCUUUUACCAAGUUCCUUACCCGAUAACGAACCUCCCCAAGUUUUCUGUUCGCCCCCUAUAUUUGAGCUGGACAUUCCAGUUCCUCACUUCGCUUUGAGACGCAGAAAUGCCAUAGUGGAAGCUAGUACGAUAUUACUUCUGGAUGAUUGA